UAUACUCACAAAACACAAGAACAUCUAUCUAAGGUUUAGCUUCAAAGCUCGCUGCAAGUACCAAAUUAAUAUAAAAAUAUCAGCCGUUAUGGCGGAUGAUUUUAUGACAGCCGCCGGAGUAUGCGGAGGCGGGAGCUGGUGGAAUCCGGCGAGAAGCAUGUUCGGAGCGUCGCCUUGCUCGGCGGCGUCGAUUAACGAGAUGGGAAACUUUGCAUGGGCUAAUAAUAACGACGAUCAUCAUCAUCAUCAUCAUAAUCAGUUGGUGAACAUGAAGGGACGAUCAAGCGAGGAAUCUUCCGAGGGAUCGUCGGUGGUGCUUCAAGAACUCCCCAAAUCUCAUCAUCAAACUCAUAACAUGUCCAUGGAUAAUUCAACUCUUCACAUGCUGGGUAUUGGCCUUUCUCCUUCAUCCACCGCCACAACUGAUUGGAACCAAGCUUUAGUAGUACAAACAAAUGAAAGGGCGAUGCUACAAGAAGACCGGAAUUCGAGGCUGAAUUACGGGCAAGAAAUUGGGGUGGAGUGUUCAGAUUCUUCGUUCAAACCCAUCGUCCCAAAAGAUUUUUCUAAUUCAACCCCAUCAGUUACUAACUUCUCUCCAUCAUAUAAUUAUCCUUCAAAUUUGCUGCAAACACUGCUUGACUCAGAUCCUCAACCCCAACAACAACAACCUCUGCUUAGUAACCAGCAGAUUAGUUAUGCACCGGCGCCGGCCAAUUUCCGGCCAAAUUUGAAUGACUUUUCACCUCCUUUGCUAAAACCCACUUUCCCUGCAUCCUUCUGGAAUCAAUCUCCGGCGUCGUUAAAUGACGGCCGCGCCGCCUUUCUACCUUCCACUCAGUCGCAGUUCCUCCCUUCAGUAUUCAGUGACAAAUCUAAACCCAGUAGAAAGUCUAGUAACGUUGAAGGAGCGCGACAGUCUAGCGCCAUGGCUAAGAAAGCGAGCAACGAGGAACCGGCAUUUAAGCGACCGCGAAUUGAAACGCCAUCACCAUUGCCAACUUUUAAGGUCCGCAAGGAGAAGCUGGGGGACCGAGUAACUGCGCUCCAGCAAUUGGUUUCGCCUUUUGGAAAGACUGAUACUGCCUCAGUUCUCCAUGAAGCUAUUGAGUACAUAAAGUUCCUCCAUGAUCAAGUCAAUGUGUUGAGUGCUCCAUAUUUGAAAAAUGGUUGUUCAGUCUCUCAACAUCAUCAACAGGAUCAAGAAGGGAGAAAAGCAGAGUUAAGAAGUCGAGGGCUAUGCCUGGUGCCUAUAUCAAGCACUUUUCCCGUGGCAACCGAGACGAGUUCCGAUUUCUGGACACCAACGUUCGGGGCAUCCUUCAGGUAGUGACUGCAGAUUAAUGGUGGCCGGAAUUAGUUGGCCAUGUUGUGUUGGAGAUGGAGAAACUUAAAGCAGUGAGCAUCCGACAGGAGACAGCUAAGUCUGGGCCAUGAAUGAAGUGAUGAUUAGGGUUAAAUCAGAGGAUAAUGUAGUAGAUCGAGUUGUUAUAAACAAUAAUAAUAAUCCGGUGAGAGACAGGAACAGGUGCUAAAUUUAGCUGAUAAUACAAGGUUUUAAUUAGGUUAUUUAAUUUUGAAAAGUGGUUCAGUACUGAUUAACAAAUGUUAUGGUGGGAUAUGAUAUGUUGGUUGAGCUGAAUUUAGCAGAUUAAGUAAGGGGUUCUGUUCCUGUUUCUGUAUUAAUAUUAAUUGUUGUGUGGGUUUCAUUAAUUGUUGCAAUUAAGGGCAGCUACCUUUUCUUUACUUAUGCAAAAGGCAAAAAGACAAAGGAAUUAAUGUAUGUUCGUUGAUGUUGAGCUAA